AGAGAGAAAGAAAGAGAGAGAAAGAGAGAGAGGGAGAGAAACACCAACUCGCUGCGACUCUGAACGCACCGCACAUACAAAGUAAACGGGAGGACCGCUGCUCGUUUCACCCGUGGAUUUAUUACACAACUGCCUUCCUCUCUAAAUCUUGCCUGUGGGAUACUCUGGCUGCAUCCUCUCAGUUUUACCAAUAUUAUUGCCUCCCUUUGUAUCACCCCCCCUUUUUUUUAUUUCUUUCCCAUCUUUUCUCCCUUCUCCUCAUCCUUGAGCAUCCUCUCCUGCUCGCAAGUCUUCUCGCUUGCCUCGCUAACUUUUUUCACCCGACUCCAUCCCACACAACCUCCUCCAUCGCUCACCAACCUCCCUCCCGGCAGUUUCACCCCCCCUCCGAAUUCCCAUUUUAUUGUAGCGGCACUGCCUUGGAUCGGGCGGAACCCAUUUGGUUAGUCCACACGGGGCACUGCUACAUGGGGCGCACGGUCUCGCUCGGAAAAUGGUCUGCUGUCGGUCUCUAGGCACCCCGCUGAACCUGUCGGGAUUGGAGUUGUCGGUGCGCAUCUGCGUCUCUUUCCCACCUCGCCAGUGCGGCCGGGGCCAGUGAGAGAUGGGUCCGUCCGCGGCGGCGCAGGCACCGCUCGAGGAGCCCCGACGGCUGCGCCAGUGGAGCGGGACAGCGGGAGGCUGGCUCAGGAUCACCCUCGUCUCGUUUCUCGCCACUUUACCUGUGGAGCAGCUGCGCGCCUUCCCUUCCUCCCUCAGCGACUGCCAGACGCCGACCGGCUGGAACUGCUCUGGUUUCGAUGACCGGGACACAGACCUCUUCUUGUGUGACACCAACACAUGCAAGUUUGACGGGGAGUGCCUAAGAAUUGGGAACAUGGUGACAUGCAUUUGCGAUUUCAAGUGCAACAAUGACUAUGCCCCAGUGUGCGGCUCCAACAAUAAGAACUACCAGAACGAGUGUUUCCUGCGCAGGGAUGCCUGCAAGCAGCAGUCUGAAGUGCUUAUUAUGUCAGAAGGCGACUGUCCUGCCGAUGCCGGCUCAGGAUCAGGAGACGAUGGUGGAGAGGGCUCGGCCGAGACCGGGCAGAAGGAGACGUCCACCUGUGACAUCUGCCAGUUCGGGGCAGAGUGCGACGUGGACGCAGAGGAUGUUUGGUGUGUCUGCAACAUCGACUGCUCCCACAUAAGCUUCAACCCGGUGUGCGCCUCGGACGGCCGCUCCUACGACAACCCGUGCCAGGUGAAGGAGGCGUCCUGUCAGAAGCAGGAGCGCAUCGAGGUCAAAUACCUGGGCCACUGCCAAGGCGACAUCACUGGGAACAGAGGCGGAGAUGGACACUUCGCACGGACCGAACUCACAGGGGAAACAGAGGAUCCGAGGAACGGACUGGCCCGCGGCUUGUACAUCCCGUGUCCAGACAACUACAAAAACUACUGCGUCCAUGGAGAGUGUCAGUUCCCAAGCAUCCUGGCUCAGCCUUCCUGCAGUUGUCACUCGGGUUUUAGGGGUCCCCAGUGUGACAUCAAAGAGUACAACGUGCUCUACGUGGUGCCUGGCUCUGGCAAACUGCACUAUGUCCUCAUCGCCUCUAUCAUUGGAGCACUCCAGGUGGUCAUCAUCUGUGUGGUGGUGCUCUGCAUUACGCGGAAGUGCCCGCGGACCAACAGGAUCAACCGGCAGAAGCAGAACAAUGUCCACUUCAGUACGGAAAACACGAUGCGCGCCUCCACUCGACUUAUCUGAGCCCAGACACACUGGACGGAGCCCCCUCCCCCCCCCCCCCCCCGUCCCCUUCCCCGUCGUCCUCGUCCUCGUUACGGAGCGCUGUGGCGUUAGAUGUUCUCCUCCCCCUUAGUAGGCCAACCCUGAGAAAAUAGCAUCUGCUUCCCCUCACUCCUCGCCCUCUCUCCCAGUACGAACUUGAAGAAAGCCCGCGGAGGACGGUGGCACGGCAGAGGCGAGAGCCGGCGCGCCAGUCAGUGGCGGGACUCGGGGUAACGUCGUCGUCGUCGGUCACCACAGCCACCAGCCCCCCCCCCCACACGACUUCCAGCUGCCGACGUGUCUCCUCGCACCUUUUUCUGACAAACUGAACCAUGAGGUCUUGGGAGGAGGGGGGGAGGGGGGGUGAUGGGGGGGAGAGACGUUGAGGACACUGAAUGUGUGCGUGCGUGAAUGUGUAUUAGAUGUGUGCGCUUACAUGGUAGAGGCGGGCUAGCCGGUGUCUGUCGUUUGUAGAUGAGGGGUACGAAAUCGGGGUAGUGCAAAGCAGGGUAACGGGCUUUAAAUGAGGUGUGUGUUCAGUCUGGGAGGGGGGUGGGGCGGGGUUUUGGGGCUACACGUGAUGCCUUGCACCUUGUGUUAUAGGAGACCUUUUGACAGAGGGCACAAUGUUACUAUAGAGCUCUCUGUUCGGUUACGACGAUAACGUCAGCUACUGUAUCUUGGGUUCUAUUUCCAAUAGUUAUUACUACGUUGUCUUGAUGGGGUCAUUUUUCUGUAAAUGUAAAUAAAUAAUUUAUAUCACCAAGUGUAA